AUGCAACGCAAACACACAAAGAAGAAACGCACGCACACACACGUACACACACACGCACACACAAAAACAAACCUGACAAACGAAGACGAACCAAGAACACAAAACGACAACAAGCCCCCAGGCCAUUCGCCACUCGCCGAGUUCUUGGACCGUCAAGUGGGUGCCUUGAGCGUCCGGUCCGUUUUUGCACCAUCUCUGCUCGAGAAAGACAGAGAUUUGCAGAAGCUGCAUGACCCUUCCGCUGUCACCUUCCACGAGGGAGACAUGUACAUAACCGACCGCGGCAAACAUCGCAUCCUCAAAGUUCGUCCUGGCAAGUGGCGAGGUGAAGUCUUCUUCGGAGGCAAUGAGACGGGGUCUGCUUUGCACCAACUUGCCUGGCCCGAAAACAUCGCCUUCUUUCAGGGCCAAGCCUACAUCGCUGACUGCGGGAAUGAUCGCGUUCUAGAGGUGAAGCCCGGCGAGAAGAAGGGGAAGGUCGUGUUCGGCAGUCUGAAAGGUCCUUCUGAUGUUACCUUCUUCGAAGGCAAUGCCUACAUCGUCGAAAAGCCAGAGCAUCGCAUCGUGAAGGUGAAGCUUGGGGCAUCGCACGGCGAGAUCUUCUUUGGGGGCAAUCAGUCAGCCUGGUCGUCCUUGACCAGUCUACUCUACCCACAGCGGAUCAGCUUCUAUGGUGGCAAGGCGUACAUCGUCGACACGAUGAACGCUCGAAUUCUCAAAGUUACACCUGGAGAGAAGAAGGCUGAGCUCUUCUUUGGACAGAAAUGGUCUGGAGACACGCUUGCUCAACUGAAUACACCUGCGAGCAUUACCUUCUUCCAGGGCAGUGCUUAUAUCACCGACGCCAUGAACAGCCGUAUUUUGAAGUUGGCUCCGUACAUGGGUGAAGCGGAGGUCUUUUUUCAAGGUACCGGGUACCUGUCAGACGUCGCAUUCUUCGGCGGCGGUGCUUAUGUCGCCAACUCAGGAAUGGGCAAUCGCAUCCUGAAAGUUAAUCCGACGGGGACGGAGAUCUUCUUCGGAGAUCGCGCUCUUCUGCUUCACUCCAGCUGGCUGAGAAGUCUCAAGAUGCACGAGGGCCACGCCUACAUCGUGGAUGAAGGUGCUGGUCGGAUUCUAAAGCUGAAACCUGGCGUGCCUGGCGGGGAGAUUGUCUUCCCACCCCUUGGAACGAAGGCGUGUCUGCACGACGUCACCUUCCACAAGGGCAGCAUGUACAUCGUUGACCCCGGGUGCUCUGUAAAGAGUGGCGGGCGCAUCUUGAAGAUGGAGCCUGGGAAGGGGGAGGCGGCACUCUUCUUUGGUGAAGAGAAGAAGGGGUCGUCCCUGCACCAGCUGCAUCGUCCCAGCGGUAUCACCUUCUUCGACGGUGCGGCGUAUAUCGUGGAUAGCGGCAACCAUCGCGUCCUGCAGGUUACUCCGGGGAGCUCUCAAGGAAGAGGGGUGGGCUCUUCCCUUCGUCAGCUGAACCGGCCUCGGUCGAUAGCCUUCCUUGAGAGCAAUGCCUACAUCUUCGAUGAAGGCAACCGGCGCGUGCUAGUGGUCAGACCACUCGGGCUCCAAGCUGUGGAGAUCCUGGGAGGAGGCUCCACUUCCUUCUCGCCGCAAGUGGGUCAUCUGGUGGAUCUGGCCUUCUUCCGACAGAGCGCUUUCAUUCUGGACAGCGGCAGUGCUGUUUCCAAGUUUUGCUUGCAGAGAAGCGGAGCAGUUUCGACGUCGCUUCAGUCUGGGCGAAACAUUGCAACGGUGUGGGCAUGCCCGGCAAAAGGUGCAGAGUGGGUGGCCCAUAUGGACAAGGUCAUUCUGCAGGUGCAGACAGCUGAGUUGGGGCCUCCGAUAUCACCACCCAUGCCAGCAGUGGAAGUUGCCCUCUUAUUGCUCUCGGUGGCUUUGCCAAGCUUCUUGGCUCACGCCUCCAACGAGCGCAUCUUUCACAUCAUCUGCUUAGUCUACCUCGCUGCCCUGGCCUGGCUGUCUGUCCGCCAGCGAUUUCUAGAGCUGCCGUUUGACCUGACUUCGUUCCUGGUGAUGAAGGCCUGCGGUUACGAGUAUUCCUGGCUCCCACUCACGUUCCUCCUGGCCGCGCUGAUCAUGCAGAACGCCGGAGGCUUGCUCUACGCAUCCUUCGUAGUUCACAAGGCUUGCAAUUGCAGAUAUGUGCUCAUUUGGACCAUCAUGAUGCCGCCUUGGCGGCUGGUCGAUCUGGAUCUGGAGGCCGUGGGCAAGUUCAGUACAGUAGUACGGGUGCUUGUCCAAGAUUUUCCGCAGAUGGCUGUGAAGCUGCACUUCAUUUUCACUUUCUACAAGAACUGGUUCGUGAUGUCAGACUGUGCUAUCAGCCUCUGCGUUGCUGCAAUAGACAUCCUGGCUUUGGCGAGAGCUCGUUACAGUCCCACUUAUCAUCAGCUGCCUUCGCCACGGGAGACAGCCAGGGCAAUGAUGAGAGGAGACACGUGA